AUGGAUAGUUUCUGAAUCCAGAUCUUGAUCCGGGAUAUCAGUCAGAAAUGAUCCAAAUAAUGUAAAAAUAUAAAAUCCCUUGCAAAUAUAUUGUAAAAAUAUUAGAGUGAUGAUUAGAUCUUUUUUUUUUAAAUAUUUUUAAUAUUCAUGAUAAGCGCGAUAAAAAGGCAUGAGUUCAUUUCAAUUUUUUUCGCUUUCAAACUCGAAAUUACAGAGUUUGAGCUCUUUUUUAGUUUAUAUUUAUAAGUUUCUGCAAUACUCAGUUUUUCUGCUUACGUAUAUGUAUCAUGAUGCAAAAUAAUAUUAUUUAUAAUCACGCAGAUGGGGAACCUACUUUAUGUACAUUGCCCUCAUAUUCAAAUUCCUGAUAAAACCAGAACUGGUAACACGUGGCCUUUUAUCAUUACUUGUUCAUCUGCCGACGCCUGCCUCUGUGAUCAUUUGUUGGUAACAAAACUUGGAACUUCAACAUAUCAGACUAUGUUACAGAGUGUCUGUAAUUCGUCUCACUGGAAGAAAUCUUUUCGGCAUAUAAAAUAAAUCUAUUUUUCAUUGAAACUAAAAACUUGAAGGAACUUGGAUAAAUUCUAAUUUAUUUUAAAAUAGAAUGUAAAAUAAUAUAUUUUUACCUAUUCAGUUAUUUAUGUAAUUAUAAAAUAGUUCUCGUAAUUAUAAGAUAGCUUAUAUAAUUAUGUAAUUAUAACAUUGUCAAGAGAACAUUAUGUUAUUAUGUAAAUAAGCCGCAUUUAUGAAUAAAACAUAAACAAUGAAGAAUCAAAAGCGAUGGAAAAUAUAAAUUGCUCGAAACUUCAAUUUAUGCUGGAAUCGUGACGUUUAGUAAUCACGUGACGUUUUCAUCGUAGUUAUUUAUUAGCUAGCAUUAAUUAACAUAAUUUACAAAAGACACAUAUAAACGUUUCAAUGUAGAAUAGAAAAAAUAUUAUAUUGGAUAAAGUAAGUGUGAAAAGUAAGAAAAUGGCAUUUUUUCAAUUGGUCCUGAAAGCUAGAAAACUUGAAAAGGCUAGGUUGAUGUACGAAGAGGAGAAAUUGAGAUCGAUUGAGAUAUUCGAAGGUGUCAAGCCACGUCUUACUUUGAAGCAGCGUCUCCGACGAAAGAGAGAUUAAAAGUGAAAUUUAAUACUCCUUUUUAAAGCAAAGUUUAAGCACUUCUGGAACCGAAUACUCUCUCCCAUAAAGCACACUUGGCUUUACAAAAAGACGAGGCUCCUUCGCAAAGAAGGCACGCUCGAGAAUUACAUUUUAAAGAGCGCCUUCGGAUUUUUGAGCGGCAUAUUACUCACAUAUAUGUUCUUCGUGUUUUUCGUAAUUCAAUUAAGUUUUACACUUUCAUCCGCCACAAUUCUGUGUUCGAUCCUGGGAAUGAUUCUCACGCUCGGUUUGGCGUUUUCUUAUCGCGUAAGGUGUAUUGUGUUUCUAUUGCUGCCGCAGUUCUUUUCUAAACGUGGCAGACAGGCCUUGAUGGCUUAUGCCUUUAUUCUGACACUUACCGGACCUGCAAAGAAUAUUUUGCACAAUAUCAGUGUCCUUUCGGAGUCUUUAGCCUGCGGACAGGAGCAAUUGAAACAAGCCGUAAAAAGCGUAGUUGAUUUAAUAAAAGAGCCCUUCUACGCGCUGAGAGACGCGAUAUCGAAAGUAGUAAAGACGGUGAAGAUGGUCGUGAAGAAGAUUAAGCGGACUCUCAUGGCUAUCAAGAGACUCGUGCUUAGUAUACUGAGAGUGAUCACAUCGGUUUUCAAAUGGCUCGGCAACGUCGUGAAUAUCUGCAACAAAAAGCUGGGUACGCCGUUCGACAGGUGUCAGAGAGUCUUCGAAGGUGCGGUAGCAGACUGCAAGGCGAAGCUUGGCCCCCUUUUCGGAGGGAUUUGCAAUUUGACGUACAUCGUCGGCGCCUUGUGUUACAUAGUGAAACCUUUAGACUUCAUCUGCAUGCUCGUGUCUUACAUCGCCGAUACCAUAGUUAACGCUGUACGAAAGAAAAUCAAAAGGUUCACUGACCACAUAAAGACAAUGUUCUACGUUAAACUGAAAUUCUCGCAUUCUUUCCAUUUUGAGACGAAUCAAAGUAAAACAAUUGAAGACGUAUCGACUGGUAUAAUUACCGAAGUACAGUCGAGGACCGAUAGAUUUCUAGCUGUUUUUGAUUGGAUGAGCUUCAUGACCAGUUUCUUUAUUUUCUACAUGCUAUUAAAAAUUUUGCGUUAUCGACACAAGUGGCUGACGAAAGAACGUUUUGACAACCGAUAUCUAACUGAUGAUCUGCGUACUAUCGAUUUAAUAAGAACACGUCAGUAUAAGGAGACCAUUUUACCGCUAAACCGUCGUGAGAAAAAUCAAUACAUCCCACUAACGUCCAUCAUGUUGAUCAAGGUAGAGAGAGUAAAGCUCGCGAAAUCCAUCGUCUUUUUGAGUUUAGCAACGUUUAAAAUAUGUAUCCAUAUGAUGGCGGACUACAGUCUUUAUUGGAUCCUUAGUACUAUUAGAUAUCAUGGGCGGAUUGAAACAAAGGUCCAACGACCCAAUUUCGUGGGCGUCCAUGUGGCUGGUAACGGCUAUCUCGCCGACCUUUAUCGAAGCAUCGUGAAAGCCUUCUCGCUGCAUGCGAAGGAUACCGAGAUCGAUGUGGUGCCCUGUCUUCCAAAUCCCAGCCCUCCCGAUAUGGACCGGUAUACGCAGAUCGCGACACUGAUCGCUUUCUGCUGGAUCAUGGCGAUAUUUGAGCCGUAUGGAUUAAGACUGCGACAUAUCGUGAUGUGUAAAUACCAUCCGGAAAGAGCCAAGCAAAGAGCCGCUUGGUUAUAUAAUCACAUAAUUAGAUCGAGAGGAAAUUUUCUGAAAUUUGCACGGCGCCAGUUGCGCCGUAAGUUCGGCCUGGCGGAUGGCGAGAUGAUCGAGAAAGUCACGUUCAGAGAGCGAUGCCUGGCGAUCUGUCCUUUCCUGAACAAAUUGUUCCCUCGAAAGCAGAACAUGUGUCUCCUGUGUGGCGCCGUGGAACGUCCCGGUCAGGAACCGCACGUUAAAUGCGUGACGCCAGGUUGCGUCGGUUUGUUCUGCAUCCAAUGCUUCGCGGACUUGCAGAAUCUCUGCACGAUCUGCCGAUCGCCCAUCGAAUAUGGUGAUUUAUCGGACAUUACUUAUCAGGAAGAAUCAAGAGAAAUCGAAGUCGAGCAUCGGAGAGUCCCAUUCAAAGAUAUCGAAGCGCAAAAAAUUAGAGAAGACGUUACGAUUCAAAUUUUUAACGAGCCAUUGGCGAAGGAGAUUACCUCGAGUAGCGAGGAUCCGACAUCCUGUUUCGUGGUGAGAGCCCGUAGAAGGCUUCGUACCAGGUUGAAAAGGAAAUCCUGCUCCUCCCCGCGUAAGGACGAUUCUAGCUCGUCUACGUCGAUAGCGGACACCGAAUCCUGUCCCACAGAGGAGCUAGAUGAGGAAGAGGUAAUUCACAUUGAGAUGGACGAGGGCUCAAAGGAAUUACUCUUAAAGGACGGCGCUGCGAAAGCAAGAAAACGAAGUAGUCGCGUAGAAAGAAUCCUCGCUGCACUCACGAAAAUUUCUUGGCUCGGCAGGAGAACGACGACCGAUAGCGACGGCGAAUGGCGAACGAGAAAACCGUCUCUCAUGGAUAGAAUAGCACGGAUGCUUCCUGGAAAUCAAUCUGCCUCGCCUGUACGAACGUAUCGACGAAUCUGCGCUACGAAAAAGGACGCGAAGCGUAAGGACUCCUCCUCCUUCUCCUCCUCAUCCUCCGUUUUCUCCUCCGAUGAAGAGAACGAACGGCGCUCACUCUUAAAGGCGCACGAUCGGCGAGUAGAUUGCUUGCAAAUCAUCUCAGAUCAUGACGAUUCCGGGGAUAAUAUUUAUAGCAGAAAUUAUGAUUCGCAUCGCGCACGACGAGGAACGAUUUGCCGACAACCGGAGUCUCACGUGACAACGGAAAAUGCAAAGCUGCAGCAUCCUCACGAGAAGAAAUUUAAGAUGAAAGAAUUACCAAGAUAUCUGAAGUCGAUUUCGAAGGAUACAACGUACUUCGAAAUAGAUGAGAUUAAUUCACAAUCAAAAUGUAUUCGACCGAAAAAUUACAUCAACGCUUUAUCAGAUACCAGAAUAUCCGAUAAUCAAGAUAUAGACAGGAAUAUCAUUAGUAAUACUCAUAUCCUUUGCUCGUGCACGUCGCAGAUAUCCUGCAAUGUUAAAAACAAAGUUUGCCAAUCGGACAAUGCCGUUGCAGAACAAAGUAAUGAAAUGUCAGAAACUAACGUAAUAUCAGAAACAGAUAAAGAAAUAUUGACUAUUGAUUGGGGAAAAUCAGAUGAAGGAAAAAGAAUAGAAGAAACUGUCACUACAGAAGAAACAUCGAGAAGUGGCGAGAUAGAUCGACAAAAAGUUCCAGAAAAAGCUUUGAUCGACAAUGAUCGAGGAAGAUCAUUAGCGAAAAAAGUGGUGAAAUUGCGAAGUCAUAUAAUAUCG